AUGGUGACAACUUUUCAGAGUGGAUGGCUAUGGCUUAAAGAGUUCCCAUCAAAGGCACUUACCAAAUUGAAUAACACAUCAUUGCAGAUCAAGAAAAUUGCAAAUGAUGAUCCAAGAAGAUUGACACACUCACUAAAAGUUGGACUUGCUCUAACUUUGGUCUCCCUUUUUUACUACUUCCAGCCUUUGUACAGCAGCUUCGGGGUCUCGGCAAUGUGGGCUGUCAUGACCGUCGUGGUCGUCUUUGAAUUCUCUGUCGGCGCGACGUUAGGAAAAGGGCUGAACAGGGGAUUGGCGACAUUGGUAGCCGGUGGAUUAGGAAUCGGAGCUCAUCAUCUUGCGGUUUUGAGCGGAAAAACGUGCGAGCCCAUAUUGAUUGGACUAUUUGUCUUCCUACAAGCUGUCGUGUCGACAUUCAUACGGUUUUUCCCGACCGUGAAGGCCAGAUAUGAUUACGGGAUGCUAAUAUUCAUACUCACGUUUUGUCUCGUUUCCAUAUCGGGUCUCAAAACCCGUGAAAUUCUUGAGGUUGCUCACAAGAGGCUGUCGACCGUGGCUAUUGGCGCGUCCACUUGUGUGGUCGUGUCCAUUUUCGUGUAUCCCGUUUGGGCCGGCGAGGACCUCCACAAACUUGUUGCUAAAAAUAUCGAUAAAAUUGGAAACUAUUUACAAGAUUUUGGUGAGGAGUGUUUGAGAACAAUUGAUCAAUCGGAUAAUGAAGGUGGAUCAUCAUCAUCAUCGAAUCUUGUGGGCUUGAACAGUGUUCUUGAUUCCAAAAGCAGCGUCGAAACCUUGGUGAAUUUCGCUCGAUGGGAACCGGGCCACGGACGGUUCAUGUAUCGCCAUCCAUGGAAACAGUAUCUCAAAAUAGCUAGUUUAACCAGAAGUUGUGCCUGUCGAGUUGAGGCUCUCAAAGGCUAUCUAAAUUCUAAAUCUCAAGCACCUCAAGAUAUCCGAGCCACAAUCGCAAACAUGAGCUCGGAAUGUGGAAAAGCGCUUAAAGAGCUAGCAUGGUCGGUCGAGACCAUGACCAAACUAACGUACCCCCAUCCACGUGCGCCGAGCCUUAAAACCGAGUCGAAGAAUCUUAGUUCUCUCCUAAAAUCGGAUUUUUGGGGAGAACAUGCGAACCUCGUGCAGGUGAUUCCGGUUGCAGCAGUUGCAUCCCUGCUGAACGAUACAGUUGCUUACGUCGAAAACAUUGCUGACGCCAUUGACGAGCUCAGCACCUUAGGGAAUUUUGAGUCUCGGGAUUUGAUUUUGUCUGAGAAAGGAAUAACUGAAAAGAAGAGUAGUGUUGUUGCACCACUUGUUAGUGUUGUGAUUGAUUUAAAUCAAUCAACGGCACCCGGUUAA